AUGUCAAGCAGCAGCCAAAGCAGCUCGGGGCUUACUGAGAAAAGUCUCAGUGAAAUCGCUCCAGGCAUGCUUGUCUUUGUUGUGAAUGAAGACUUUGUCAACAUUAGUAACUUCCUCGGAUCCAAGUUAUCAAAGAGCUCAAGACCAGAUAAAACGAAGCAGAGAGGUCAUUUCGAACUUGUGGUUGAAGUACACUCCGACUCUGUUGAAACAGUUAUGAUGACAAGCUUUUCAGGAGCAGAGAAAUUGGACGGGACAAUACCUCGGGAUAGAUGGAAAUUCUGCGUGCCAAUUUAUCCGGCUGCUACAGAAGACAAUGAACAAUAUGGACCAGUUUCAUUUGUACCCGGAAAAGGGACUGACAAGCAUGGUACAGGUGGCUGGCUCACUGUCCAAUCGACGUCCAUAAUAAGGCCAAAUAGUAACGGAAAGUAUAAAGUGAAAGAGACUGACAUGGACCGAAGCUUUCUGUCGUAUCUGCAGUACCUCGGUAGGUCAAACUCUGGGUUCUACACUCAGAGCAUACAGCAAGGGGGACAACGCAUCAGCACCAGUGAAGGACAGGCUAUGCUGUUGAAAAGAGGCAAGAAACAUGAGGGCAAAGGCAAGAAGGACAGAGGAUCGUCAAGUAGAAAUCCUUAA